AUGAGCGAUACUUUACCCGCGGAGUCGUCAAAUUCAGCAGAUGAUGUGAUAUCGCGACUGAUUCAAUCGUGCAUCAACGAGCCCAACAACACCGCUUUCGUCACCGCCUCGAGUAGUGGAAUCAAAAAAGCGUUGGCGUUGGCGUGUAAAAGUGGCGUCAACCUCGCCCCGACCACCGUCAAUGCUUUGUUGAAUUUCAUCUGGCGAUAUUGGGAUUUUCUUGUUGAUAAGGUAUGCUACGAAUGCAACGAUAUUCUUCAAUUAGUCAUCGAAGAUCAUCAACGAAACUGCGAAAAAUGUCGUGAAAACAUUAGCCACUCCAAGUCAAAUACCUGCGCUUGGAUCGAUGCAUUGUCGGAGCAAAUCUUCAAUAAUCAAUCGUUAUGUAAAGUCCGCUUCAAAUCGAUCAUUACCCUUUACGCUCUUCAACCACAAUUGAUAUCCAGCAAGAUCGAUGAUUCGUUUAUUAAGGAAAGCUAUUCUUUAAUAGAAAAUGCAACUCUUUCUACUGUGUUAAGUGAACUUAUCUGCGUUGAUUUGGAGACGAGAAGAUCGCAGACGCGUUGGGAGUUUCAUGCUGAGAAUAUGGUUGAUUUGCUGCCAAAAGGACACGCUUCACUGACAGCACUCCUGGACCGUUUAUUACCGCGGAUCAUGCAAAAUCCAUUGCUAAAUAGCAGUUUUGUGGAUCAACUCAUGAAUCACAUCAAAGAGCGCAUCAUGAAUCGGUCACCUCAACAUAUUGCAAAUGACUCAGCUUUCCUUAUUGGCUGGCUUUCUGUGACGAAAUUUCUGAUCUUCUCUCGGACAAAUAGCACUUGGAGAGACUUUAUCCAAGAAGAAUAUAUGGUUUACUCGUUGUUGCAUCUGAAGAUUCAGGUCCGAAUUGCAGCCUGGUCAUUGCUUUGUGAACACCCGAAGCGAACUUUACCAAUAACUGCCGAAGAUUGUGAGCUGGCUAUGGCUUUUCUUGAAUCAAAUAUGACCGAACAAGAGCCACCAAAUCGACAAAAGAUUAUUUCUUCAUUUAAGAAGCUUUUGAUACGAUUGUGUGAUGUUGCCGAGUGUUCCGGGAAAUCUGAAGCAAACAGCGAGCAAACUUUCAUUCACGAUUAUUCACAGUUUGUGAGCGGCAUUUUGAAGAUGGCGCUAAACUCGUUAAGUGAAGGAGCAAAUUUCUCGAGAAGAAUUAUGGCCUUGAAUCUUAUUGGGACGAUGUUCAAGGACGGUGCCUUGAAUGUGGAUGGGAAAAAAGUUCUCUGGAAUUCCGCUCGCCCUGAUCACUUACUAAAUGAGGAUACCAGAAAAUUGUUGCUCGAUUGUCUCGGUGAUUCGUUUCAACUCUGUCAGAAAGAGGCUCUUCAACUACUUUGCAAGCUCGAGUUUUGCGAUAACUUUGACCUUGACGAGUUCAUUGCCGCAACCGAGUUAAUGAUACAUUCGGUGAACACACAUGAUACGCUCUCUUCUGGAUAUCGCCUUCGAUACAUUACCUAUUUGAGACCAUCCUAUAUUCCAUCAUUGAUAGAAAGACUCAUUGACAAUGUGCUCGUGGCGGUGAAGAAAAUCGUGACUUUGGGCUUGGUUGAGAUUAUCACGACCCCGCUUCAUCCGACGAUGAAUGCAAUAGCGUUACUGCUUGACUCGUGUCCAGAUAUUCCGGCAAAAAUUUGGUCAAAAAAUAUUCUUCGAAUGUGUCUUGAUGUGGCUAAAGUGGUACGUCCAGUUGUGCAUAACUUAUCGCCAGAAGGAUACGUUCCAGAGGAAUGUCUCGAGAAAUAUGGUGAAAAGGCAGCCGAUUUUUCACAAAAGCUGGUGGUUUGUUGUUGGAGGGCUCACAAACAAUCAAGUGCAAUCCUUGCCUCUGCAGCAUCUCAACCUAACUUCUUGUCGCUAUUUCGGACAGAAGAAAUUUGCUCAAUUUUUGAAUUCUAUUGGAUGGAGCUCACGGAAUGUCGACAUUGUGGUGCAUUUGAGAGCGCUGUUUUUGGGUUUGAAACACUGUGCAAACGGCUUUGGACUGAGAGAAUUGAAGGUGUCCCAUAUCCUGGAGAUUAUUUGCAAAACAUUUUGGAUAUUAUUGAUGGGAAAGAAGAUCUCGAUAAACUUUGUCUGACGCGUCGUAGUGCCGGUUUACCAUAUUUGAUCACCUCGAUUUGUGCCACCGAUCCAACACAAUCAGCACUCGAUUCAGCGAUGACUUCGCUUUUGCAUUUUGAGGAUAAAUCAGAAUUUAGCCGAAACCAUAGCUUAAAUGUGCUUCGUUCGUUGUUUUCACACUCAGCUCUUGGUGAAAAAGUGUUGAAAUAUGUUGAAGCUGGCUCAUUACUUGGGAUCAAAGGAUGUGCAGCAUCAAGUUGGAACGAGAGAAACGCCUCGGCGCAACUGGUGGCUGCGUUGAGAUGUCGACUCUUCGGCGUCUCAAGAUCGGCGAAAGUUGAGCUACACGUUGACAAAAGGAAUCAGCGAUCGUCAUACGAAUUCUUCUCAUUGUAUCCACCGUUGUAUCCUUUUUUGAUGGAACGCUUGGAGCAAUACACUGCAGAAGAUGAGUUCGGUCUAUAUCCUGCUUUGAUCUUUCUCUCUCAUCUCAUUCCAUCCACAAAUCCGACCAACCCCUAUCCAUUGACGCCGUUUGUACCUCGAGUUCUCAAGCUACUGUUGACGCUCCGUUCCGAAAAACUGCGCAAACUUUCAGUGGCUGUUUUCGUCGCCAUCACCACUCAUGAAGAUGUUAUUUGGAGUCUUGAGAAACUGCUGGUACUAAAAACAAAGAUUCCACAAAAUGCAUUGGAUGGGCUGUUCAAUUUGUUAAUCAACUUGACCGAAAAACACCAAACAGCCGAAAAAAUUCAAGAGCUUGUACGCGGAUUACUUGACAGUUUCCUUGUUGAGUCCCGAUAUCUGAAAUGGAGUGACUAUGUGUUGGCCCAGUUUCUUUCGUUGUGUAGAAUCGUCGGACGCGUUGAACCAUUUGAAAAACUUCUCUGUGAUAAUCAAAUGCUUAUGAGUUAUCCGUUGACACAACAACCAUUGGCUGGGUAUUUUACCACCAAGGGGAAAAGGAACGCUCACAUUCCGGAUGCUUUGAAACGGGAAGUGUACGAACAAAUUGAGCAUUCCGAAAAGCUUGAUGAAACGUGGACAGAUUUUAUUGCGGAUGCGGUUGAUUGUCUUGCUGUUUUGUUGAAUCGAAAAGAUAAAACGAAAUCCUCAAAUACGCCGGAUCUUUUGAAAAAGGUUACUCGGAUAAUCGUGAAAAAUUGUGACAAGCUCAGUAUUGUGCAAAUGGAGAAACUACUCCAAACUCUGAACGCGUUCUUUGCAGUCACGGAUCCGUUCGAACAUGGUGUUCAAACAACGGUUCUGUUGCGACAACUAAAACUGAGGCUAAGCGAUUGGCGGAUAGACAAAGAGGAUGUUGACUGGCUUCGUUUGAUGGCCGAGGAGGAAGAACCUGAGAUUUGUGAAGUCCUUUUGGAAAUUGGCGCUCGACUACUUGAAAAAGCACACAGUGAUGAUCUUAUUCCCAUUUUUGCGAAAUUACUGCAGAAUAUUGAUGUGGAUAUACGGGAAAAGGCUGGCCAACUACUUUCGCCAAAAGUUAGAAACGUCAACUCGCUUAAUCCGUCGAUAUGUUGGUUUAUUAUUGCGAAGAAGUAUCCGAAGGUUUUUGCCGAAAAGAGUGCUGAGGUGACAAUAGAUAACGAUUUUGAGAAAAAUGAGAAAUUGUUUGACGAAUGUGACUCGAAUCCAUAUGCUGAACCACGACUUUUUAAACAACAACCUUUCUCAUCCGACUGGUCAGUGAUGUCGAAAAACAUUAAAACGCCGACAAAUCAGAAAGUUUUGACAAAUGUGGCGGUGGUUCGGAUGAAGAAGAUCGGGAAACGCUUCGAGAUCGCCUGCUAUAAGAACAAAGUGCUCAACUGGAGAAAUCGAACCGAGAAGGACAUCGAUGAAGUGCUGCAGGCACAUCAAGUAUUCACCAAUGUCUCCAAGGGUCAACUCGCGAAGAAAGACGAGAUUCAAGCUGCUUUUGGAACCGAGGAUCAUCUCGAGGUGUGCAAGUUGAUUCUGGACAAGGGAGAAUUGCAAGUAUCGGAUAAAGAACGACAAGCAACGAAUGAUAAUGCGAUGAAAGAAGUGGCACAGCUGAUUGCGGACAUGGUGGUGAAUCCGGAAACGAAACGCCCGAUUCCUCCGGCAGUCAUCAACAAAGCACUGAGUGAUAUCCAUUUCUCGUUGAAGCCGAAUCAUAGUGCUAAAAAACAAGCAUUGGAGGUGAUCCCGAAAUUGCGAGAAUCGAUGAAGAUUGAACGUGCAAAAAUGAGACUCAGAGUGGCAGUUGGAGUGAAAGAGGCAAGGAAUUUGCAACCAAAGCUGAAGCCAUUAUUCAGUGAGAUUGAGACGGAGAAUUGGGAUGAACAGGGAUUGGAAUUGGUCGGAUUGAUUGAGCCGGGAUCAUUCCGUGUCAUCGAUGAAAUGGUGAGGAAAGACAGCAAGGGACACGCGAGAUUGGAGAUUCUCUCGCUUAAAGAUGUCGCUGAAGGAGAUUUGGAGAUUGCA